GCCGUGCGAGGAGCCGCGGCCGCCGCGGCGCCCGUCAAUUUCCAAGACUUUGGCAGGAGCCCGGGCAGGGGACGGGGGAACACGUGCUCCCGCUCCGCGCCGAGGGCAGGGAAAAGAGACUUCACCAAGUGAAGGGAGGCCUUCUAAUUCAUACUGUCCUCACCUGAGACCACCUCCAAAACAAAGAACCUGACUUCUCUUCUGGCUUUGUACACUGGAAUGGACCUUGAAGCCUGUGACUUCUCAAUGCAAGAAUGAAGUGAAUUUAGAGCUAAAAACGAGGCAAGAAACAAGGCCUUGAAAUCUCCGAAAGGCAGUUACUGGCAUUGCUGUAGAGACAUCCUGAACGACGUGUUGGAAAAGGAAGUGCACAGGACAGGCUCUCUACAUUGUGAACAUGUUUGAGACCCCCAUGCAAAGCUGUGCUCUGUUCUGACUCCAAGUCUCCUCAGACAUGGCCGAGGAAAAUGCAUCUGAAAGAACUAUAUGCACUGACGCAGCCUCAGGAAAACCCGCGAUGGCUGCCAAGCGCAAAGGCGGCCUGAAGCUAAAUGCCAUCUGUGCCAAGCUGAGCCGCCAAGUCGUCUUCGACCACGGGGGAGCUGAGCAGGCACGUGCGGACAAGGGGCCACAGCAGGAGAGCAGCAACAAGGACCUGCCCCAGCCUGGGACCAAAGAGCUGGGGACAGAGUUUUCAGAUGGACUCAGCCGCGUGCAGAAGAUCGAGGAGGACAAAAGGAGGGAGGUGAUCGAGAAAUGGGUGAACGGGGAGUACAAUGAGGAGCCCUUGCUGGGGCGAGCAGAGGGCAAGGAGUGUAAGGGCACCGAGAGCGCAGAGGUGCCCCCUGAAGGGGUUUACAUGGUGCAGCCCAAGGGCUGCAGCGAUGAGGAAGAUAACGGGGACGAGGCAGACGCUCUGAGGGGCUCACAGGACGGGAACUUCUUGGAUGACAGGGAUUCAGAUGGGCCAGCAAAGGACGAUGCCUACCGGUCCUCCAGUGGCGAACCAGGCUCCAAGCUGGGUGCAGGAACCACCUCAGGGGAAGCUUCAUCACUGCGGGAUUACGCUGCCACCACCAUGAACGAGUUCCUGGGCAUGUUUGGCUACGAUGACCAGAACAUGCGGGACGAGCUGGCCCGCAAGAUCAGCUUCGACAAGCUGAACACUGCUACCUCAGAGGCCGCGGCACCUGCUGCCUCUCUCCCCAGCGAAGAUGCCAUGAGCAAACGAGCCCGCUUCUCCAAGUAUGAGGAGUACAUCCGCAAACUGAAAGCUGGAGAGCAGCUCUCGUGGCCCAUGCACUUGGCCAAAUCUGAGGAGCUGGGCUCCAAGCUGGGCAAAGAGCCGUCCUCAGUGCUGGCACAGCCCAUUCGGGUGCCAGGUCCAGACACCUCCAUGCUGACGGAGACCAAAGCCACUAUCCUGCCACUGCCCUCCCCCAGUAGCUCCCAGAUGCAGGGCCUGAUGUCACGGGCCUCCAAGUACGACUUCUUCAUUCAAAAGCUGAAGACAGGUGAGAGCAUCAGGCCACAGAACGGCAACACUUACAAGAAGGCCUCCAAGUAUGACCUAGAAAACGUCAAGUACUUGCACCUUUUCAAGCCUGGGGAAGGAAGCCCAGAUAUGGGAGGAGCCAUCGCCUUCAAGACAGGCAAGGUAGGCCGGCCUUCCAAGUAUGAUGUGAGGAACAUUCAGAAGCUUACUCCAGUAAAAGCUCCAGUGCCCAGCCUGGCCCCUGCUUCCCUCGCCAGUACCCCCAGCAGCACUCCCGUGGCCGGGCCAGAGCAGUCCAUCUCAUUGCCAUUCAACACUCCUGAGUACCUGAAAUCAACUUUCUCCAAGACAGACUCCAUCACAACUGGAACAGUCUCUACAGUAAAGAAUGGAUUACCUACUGACAAACCAGCCGUCAGCGAAGACGUAAAUAUUUACCAGAAGUAUAUUGCCAGGUUCUCUGGCAGUCAGCACUGUGGACACAUACACUGCGCCUACCAGUACAGAGAACAUUACCACUGCCUCGACCCCGAGUGCAACUACCAGAGGUUCACUAGUAAACAGGAUGUGAUUCGGCAUUACAACAUGCACAAGAAACGUGAUAACUCCCUGCAGCACGGCUUCAUGCGCUUCAGCCCCCUGGACGACUGCAGCGUGUACUACCACGGCUGCCACCUGAACGGGAAGAGCACUCACUACCACUGCAUGCAGGUGGGUUGUAACAAGGUCUAUACAAGCACCUCUGAUGUGAUGACCCACGAGAACUUUCACAAGAAGAACACACAGCUCAUCAACGACGGGUUCCAGCGGUUCCGUGCCACGGAGGACUGCGGCACUGUGGAAUGCCAGUUCUAUGGGCAGAAAACCACUCACUUCCAUUGCAGGAGACCUGGGUGUACAUUCACCUUCAAGAACAAGUGUGACAUCGAGAAGCACAAGAGCUACCACAUCAAAGAUGAUGCCUAUGCCAAGGAUGGCUUCAAGAAGUUCUACAAGUAUGAGGAAUGCAAGUAUGAGGGCUGUGUCUACAGCAAGGCCACCAACCACUUCCACUGCAUAAGGGCAGGCUGUGGUUUCACCUUCACCUCCACCAGCCAGAUGACCUCCCAUAAACGCAAACACGAGCGCCGGCACAUCCGGAGCUCAGGAGUGCUGGGCCUGCCUGCCUCGCUCCUGGGCUCCAAGGAUAACGAGCAAGAGGAGUCCAGUAACGAUGACCUCAUUGACUUCUCUGCCAUGAGCUCCAAGAACUCCAGCCUGAGUGCCUCCCCAACCAGUCAGCAGUCUUCCGUUUCUCUCAUCGUCCCAGCUGCAUCCUCCUCUGCAGCUGAGCUUGCUUCCUCACAGGCCACCAAGUCUGCCAACAGCAUGACACCAGCCACAAAGAUCUCUGGCCUGCUUUCCCAGGCUCUUCCCAGCAAUAUACCCUUGGCCCUGGCACUCUCCAACUCAGCACUUCCUGGAACAGCUGGAUCCUUCUUCCCCAUCAUCCCCAGUCGGGUCUCUACACCACUUCCUGCCAGCUCGGCUAAUCUGAUGGCUGCUGGUUCUUCUGGCACCAAUCCAGCAUCAUCUGCUCCUACAGAUUCCUCAUCCCAGGCAGUUUCAGGAUCUGGUGAGCCAGUGACUACUUCUUCACCUGCUCCAGCAGCCUCUAUAAUGGAAAGGAUCUCUGCUAGUAAGGGAUUAAUCUCUCCUAUGAUGGCCAGGCUGGCAGCAGCUGCACUCAAGCCGUCUGUGGCACUUGAAGCAGGGAAUGGACAACCAGCACCUCCCGGACGGUUCAAUCCAGUCCAGGUGAAGCAGGAACCUGCGGAGGCCAUGGGGCCGUCAUCUGCCACUGGUCAGGACCCCUUGCAGGAGCACAGCUUGGACCUGAGUGUCAAGGACCACGGUAAUGAAUCAAAUGGCCACACAGUCUCGGCAAAUUCAUCUCUUUUAUCCUCGCUUAUGAAUAAGAUGUCCAAGACCAGUGCCAGCCUUGGCAACCUGCUGAACAUUAAGACAGAAGGUGAAGGCAGCCAGGCUGGGGCUGGGGAGCCAACCCAGUACUUGGGCAAGGCAGUGAAGGCACUUGUCCAGGAGAAGCUCUCUGAGCCAUGGAAGAUGUACCUGCGCCGGUUUGGCACCAAGGAUUUCUGCGAUGCCCAGUGUGACUUCCUCCAUAAGGUGCAUUUCCACUGUGUGGUGGAGGAAUGUGGAGCCCUCUUCAGCACCCUGGAUGGGGCCAUCAAGCACGCCAAUUUUCACUUCCGAACUGAAGGUGGAACUGUAAAAAGCAACUCCGAGUCUCCUUUCUCAACUGCUACUGAGAACAAGGCUUCACUGGCCCCUUCGUCACCAUCUGCUGCUUCUGCCACCAUGGCCAGUGCUCCCGCCCUGGACGUGCCCACUCCAAAUCCAGCUGCGAUGCCCUCUGCUCCCACACUCCUUGCUUGGAAGCAGCUGGCUUCAACCAUACCCCAGAUGCCUCAGAUCCCAGCAUCAGUGCCUAACCUGGCAGCUUCACCCUUGGCAACGACUUCCCUGGAGAACGCCAAGCCUCAGGUCAAACCUGGAUUUCUCCAGUUCCAGGAGAAUGAUCCCUGCUUGGCAACAGACUGCAAGUAUGCCAACAAAUUCCACUUCCACUGUCUCUUUGGGAACUGCAAGUAUGUGUGCAAAACCUCUGGCAAAGCAGAAUCCCACUGCCUCGACCACAUCAACCCCAACAAUAAUCUGGUGAAUGUGCGAGACCAGUUUGCUUACUACUCCCUGCAGUGUCUCUGUCCGAACCAGCACUGUGAAUUCCGGAUGCGAGGGCAUUACCACUGUCUGCGUCCUGGCUGCUACUUCGUGACUAACAUCACCACCAAGCUGCCCUGGCACGUGAAAAAGCAUGAGAAGGCAGAGAGAAGGGCAGCCAACGGCUUCAAGUAUUUUACCAAGCGGGAAGAAUGUGGCAGACUAGGUUGCAAAUACAAUCAGGUGAACAGCCACUUCCACUGCAUCCGAGAGGGCUGCCAGUUCUCCUUCCUGCUCAAGCACCAAAUGACAUCCCAUGCCAGGAAGCACAUGAGAAGGAUGCUGGGGAAGAACUUUGAUCGUGUUCCUACUCAGGUUAUUGGGCACACUCCAAGAAAUGAAAAUCUCCCCCAGGUUGGCAGCAUGGCACCCAGCCCAGCCUCAUCAGGAACCCCAGCUUCCUUUCAGGGACCCCCAAGCAUGAUGGACACUGAAACAGAAGAGUACAUGGAUUACACUGGCUGUAGCCCUGGGGGUAUCUCCUCUGAAUCUUCCAAUAUGGACCGCAGCUGCUCCAGCACUCCAGUGGGCAAUGAAAGUACAUCAGCAGGCUGCCUGGUUCCUUCUACUGCUACUGCUGCUGCCGAUGAUGCAACCCACACUGCACCACAACCUCCACCACCAUCUCUGCCUCCAUCUUUCUCACAAGCCCUGCUUAGGUCUCCCCUUCCCACCCUCCCCUAUCUCUUCUCUCCAUCUUGUCUCUCAUACUCCUUGCUCAGUGCCACUCUGGGAGCCAGCAGAGGCAUUGUCAUGCCUGCCGCCAGCACCACUGGGUUUUCGCCCAUCAUUGCCACUCCAACUCCAGUAAAAAGUGACGUUCCCUUAGUGCAGGAUGCAGCAGGGAACACCAUCACUAUGCCAACUGCCUCGGGGGCCAAAAAGCGUUUCUGGAUUAUUGAGGACAUGUCCCCAUUUGGCAAGCGCCGCAAGACCGCGUCCUCGCGCAAGAUGCUGGAUGAAGGGAUGAUGCUGGAGGGAUUUCGGCGCUAUGACCUCUACGAGGACUGCAAGGACUCCAGCUGCCAGUUCUCUCUCAAGGUUACCCACUACCACUGCACACGGGAGAACUGUGGCUACAAGUUCUGCGGCCGUACCCACAUGUAUAAGCACGCCCAGCACCACGACCGUGUUGACAACCUAGUAUUGGAUGAUUUCAAACGCUUCAAGUCUUCACUGAGUUGUAACUUCCCAGACUGUCAGUUCUCUGGCAAUAGCACACACUUCCACUGUCUGCGCUGCGGCUUCCGCUGCACUGACAGCACCAAGGUGACAGCCCACCGCAAGCACCACGGCAAGCAGGACGUCAUCAGCGCCGCUGGCUUCUGCCAGUUCAGCUCCAGCGUGGACUGCGAGGUGCCUGACUGCAAGUACAAACUCAAAUGCUCCCACUUCCACUGCACCUACCCUGGCUGCAAACACACGGUGGUAGGGAUGUCACAGAUGGACUCUCACAAGCGCAAGCACGAGAAGCAGGAGCGAGGGGAGCUGCCUGCCAUCUCUCCCGGCCCCGAGGGCCUUACCCACUCCACUCUGGAGUAUGAUAUCCAGAACUCUUCCAUCAACCUGGACAGUUCCCUCAACCUCAGCACUGACAACAGCAGCUCCCUGUUCUUCCUGCAGAACGCAGCUGGCGUGGGCCUCAGCGACUCCCUGGACCUCAGCAAGAAGCAGGCAGAAGUGACCGAGGGCCCGUCCCCCAGCAGAGCCGGGGCCACGUCACAGGAGAGGAGCGCAGGGACACCUGGCCCUGGGGGGGUGGAGGACGAGGACGACUCCUCCCAAGAGGAUGAAGAGGACGAUGAGGAGGAGAUGAAUGAGGAAGAGGAGGAUGAUGAAGAGGAGGAUGAUGAUGAUGAGGAGGAGGAGGAUGAAGAGGAGGAAGACCUGAACACAGAUUCUGAAGAAUCGCUGCCAGACCCCGAAGGCCUGGCCACUAAAGAAGAUGGAGAACCAGAGGAGGGUGCUUCUUCCACAGACCAUGGCGAUGCUUCCAGGCCACAGGGCGAGCCAGCCCUCACUCCAGCCCCAACUCCUGCCCCUGCCCCUGCUCCGGCUGCUGCCUCAGCCUCCACCGUUGCUCCAGCAGCUUCUCCUUAAUCCUAGAGACAGCAACGGCAGUGGUUUGGUUUUUCUCUUACACAGAAUUACUAGGAGGACCCCAUAUGAGGCAAGAACAAAGAUGGGGAUGGCAAAUGAAAAGCGAACUCCGUGCCACAAAUGAGAGAGAGGAAGGAAGGAAACCCCUGCUCCUGCCCAGGCCCCAGAAGAGAUUGGUUCGCAGCAGGACUGGUGCUGCUUCACUCCAUUCUUCAGAUCCCGGAACAAGGGGGCAGGAUGCAGCAAAAAAUCCCCUUUGUAUGGACAUGAACCCUGAGGGUACCUGCUGCUUUUCCUUGCUCCCUGCACGGUGCGUGGGGCCUGUGCCCAUCUGGGGACCCUUUUUUAUGGGUGGGGCUCUAUCCCCCCCAGUUUUCUUUCUGGGUUUUAUUUUUCUAUGUUUUCAGUUGUACGAUAAUAAUAAUAAUCUCCACUUCUUGGAGGGGGGUGGGUGGGAACAAGAGGUAAUGAAUUUUACAAAUAUAUAUUUGUGUGUGUGUCUCUCUAUAUAAUGUACACACACACACAUAUAUAAAAUUAAAGGAAUUGGUGUCACAAAGACAGGUAGCUCAGCUUUUGCCAGUGGGAAGGAGGGGGUGAGGAGUGUGCUCGCUCUCUCCACCCUUCCCCCUUCUUUCUCCAGCAUUAAAUGGCAUCAGACAGCCAGGGUGGGAGUGGGUAUUUAUUGUCACAUAAAUGAGGAUGCAUUAAUGAAUGAGCAGGGGUGGGAAUGGGACACUCCUCUGUUCUUCCAGAUCCUUUUUACUGUUAAUGAUAAUAAUUUUGAAUGCUAUUUAUAUUGUAAAACUUUCUCAGUCUACCCUUUCUCUGUAGGACACCUCUCCUCAUCCCUGCUGUUCUGACUGUAGGGAUUUAGCUGAAGUAACCUGGGAAGAUCACAGCAGGCAGUCUAAAGGGUCUAUCACACUGGAGGACUGGGGUUACUCUGCCAUCCAGUUCCAUCUCAUCCCAACCCCCGUGUGCUUCCUCUCUGCAGAGGGUGAGGCGUUUUUGUGGUGCUUCAGUAUCCCCAUCUCAGGAGGCUGUGAGCUGCCCUUGCCCCAUGCUGCAGCACAGGGAGCACCAAACCCGCACAGGAGCUCCUGCUCCCUAAAGCAGCCUUGAGAAAGGGCCGUGCUCUGCCCCAGGCAGUCAGAGCAGGACAGGUCCCCGUUGCCAGGCCCUGCUCCUCAGCCCUGCGCUGCAGACACAGAUCUCAGGUGACUCUGAGCCCACGGGGGUCCUGCCCAGCUCUGGGCUGGGGAGGGGGACAGCCCUGUUCUGCAGCAGGACCUGCUGCCAGUCCUGGCUUUGGGGAGGUGCCACCAAGAGUGGCUGCAGGGCUGAGGCUUUGGGCACUGCACUGGUUGAGACCUCCAGCAGCUCCGGCUUUCCCCUGGCUCCAGGCUCUUCCCUGCUUCUCCUGGCCUGGCCUGGGCUGGGAACACACACUACAGGACGCUGUUUGACCCCAGAUCUUUGCCUGGGCCUGAAAGGGCUUGUCUACACACACCAGGGCACCUGAAGGACUUAAUGAAUUCAUUCUGAUAGUUAUUUUGGUGCCAGUUUUAAAGUAUACCAGAUUACUCUGAGCUUUGUCUUUUUUUUUUUUAAAAAAAACAACUUUUUUUUUAUACCAUGCAGGCAGGCACCCUCUCCCCUCCUCAGCUCCAGGAGCGCUUCACCUCUAAGGGAUCCCCAGGAUUUGUUUUCACCCUGAACAGAUAAAGGUCUCAAGAAGUUUAAGUUGUUUUUUUUUUUUAAUUUCCCUAAGGAACUGGUGCAGAUCAGGUAUGAUUUAUAAACAAGCAGCUCAGCUGUGUAAAUGUGGGGACAGAAUGUUCAGCUAAUGUUUCAAAAGGAAAGGAAAAAAAAAAAGUUGUACAGUAUUUUUCCUGUAAAGGUUAUUACUAUAUAUAGAACAAAAGAGAAACCACCAAUGCCAAGGGGUGGAGGGGGAGGUGUCACCUGCCUUCUGGAUAGCCCUUACAAUAUGGUUAAUUGUGUGCAAUUUUUUUUCUCCUUUUUUAUUUUUUCUCUCUUUUUUUUUUUUCCCCUUUUUUUUCUCUCUCUCUUUUAAUGUAGUGUAUGUUUGUAGGGGUGGCAGGGGAGGGGAGGGCCUUAAUGCUCUGGGUUGAGGCUGACUUCACACUCCCAGCACUGACCGGACCUGCACGAUUCCGAACUCUAACUUGAAUUUUGUAGAGAUGAAACAAAUGAAAACAAAUGAAAUAUUAUCACUAGUUUGUAGUUUAUUUAAUUCUUUGGAGUUCUUUUCCUCUAUCAGCUAUUUGUGUGGCUUUUAUUUUUAUAGGGGGUUUUUUUGUUGUUUGUUUGUUUUUGUUUUGUUUGGUAUAUCCCCUGCCCUCAGCUGUGUGUUUCCUAGCAUAACCCCAUUCUUGAAUAGAACGAAGCUCACGUUCCUGGGGCAGAGUGAUGGAACGAUGCUCUGGAAUUUCUCAAAAUGGGAUGGGGCAAAAGGAUUUUACUUUACUAGCAUUUGCUGCAGGUUCUGUACUUGUACAUUUUCCCUGUGUUCAGCUACUUAGAUAGUAUGGUGACGGGCUCCAGGAGGAAUCCUUAGAUUAACACAAGCCACAUCUUGCAAAGCAGAUUAUUUUGUACCGCCAGAAUCGCCGGGAUGUCUGUGGGUGACGGUGGGAGCAGGAGCGGGCGCUCCUGGGAGCAGCCGGGGCUGCUGCAGGGGAGGCCGGGGGCUCCCCUUGGGCUCCCCUUGGGCUCCCCUUGGGCUCCCCUUGGGCUCUCCUCGGGCUCCCCUUGGGCUCCCCUUGGGCUCUCCUCGGGCUCCCCUUGGGCUCUCCUCGGGCUCCCCUCGGCCCCUCGGCCCCUCGGGCUCUCCUGCUCUCGGGGGAGCCGUGUUUGACCUCUCCUGUCCCUGCGGCCCCACGGGCAGAGGCAGCGCCCGGCACAGGGGAGAGCAGCAGUGCUGGGGCCAGUGGCUCCAUGGCAGGGGCUGCGAGCGCCCGUGUUUAUCUAUGCACACCAUUUUCUCCCCCCAGGCACCCUACUUCUCCCUAGCAUCUCAGCCCUUCUCCCCAACCUCUAUCACCUCUUCUCUAGGAGCUGGUGCAGGGAAGGAGAGUUCUCUCCCAUCAGGUCCUGCUGAAGUGAGCCCUGAGCAGGCCCUGGCAGGACAGGCCCCCGAGGCCUGGCCCCGUCCUUCUCCCAGCCCUGGAACUCUUACACUGUCUCUGUUUGCAACAACAACAAAAGAAAGUUGAACCCGACUUUUUAUUCUGCCAUGUUCAGGCUUUAAUUCAGCAAAACCCUUAAGCAGAUGACUCUGAGUGGGCCCAGGUUUAAGCCCGAGCUUAAGUGCUUUUCUGAAGAAGGGCCUCAGCAGCCCAGGAACCCCAUCAGAGCAGGAGUUUGUCAUCCCAAGCUCUCAUAUCAGUGGGACUGUCUGAAGAAUGACCAGAGAAAGACAGGGAGAUUCAACUGGCUCUAUAAGGAGGGGAAAGAGGAGAGAGGAAAUGGAACUAUUUUGUCCAAAACAAGAUAAAAACCAAACAAAAUAAACCUUGAGAUGGACCCUCCUGAUUCUGCUACCAUUCGCUGCUGAAGAGCAAAAAAAUUGAAACUAUUGACUAGAUUGUUCAUUCUAGCCACAAACUCAACUGGAUUAAAGUCUGCGUGGAAGGAAUUUUGUAAAGAAAAAAAAAUUUCAAAAAAAUUUUCCAAUGUAGCAAAAAAAACCCAACUUUAAAAAACAAAAAUUUAAAAAAAAAAAAAAAAAGACAA